AUGUGCACGCGUCCCAUUUGUGCCUACAUCCUUUUCCUCCUUUUCUCGGCUGCGGCCGAGGGUGCUGGCAUCCAUGACGAUUUUGCUGUAUACACAUAUACAUCAAAACUUUCCAGUCCAAAGGGCUCACUGCAUUCGGCUGAAGUCGACGGCUACGUCUUGGUGAGGGAAGUCGUCCUUCAACAAAAAAGAAAACCCUCUGGAGUAUCUGCGUCGACCAACAGAUAUCUUCUUCAAACUGUUGUUGACCUCAAAGGUACACAGGGACCCUUGGAUGCUUUGAUUUAUCGUGACGAAUCUGGUCUGGUUGAGCGUCUCUAUCUUCCCCCUAUCGCGACGACCAAUGCUUCGGAUUCACGGCUCAAUUUUGUCAAGGCCGUCGCUGGACUUUUUAACUAUCGCUUCUCGUUUGAACCUAGUGUAGAAUAUGAUGCCUCAGGACGAUGUAAUACAUUCUAUGCAGAGGUUAUAAAUCCAGAGAAGGGACGCCUUGAUGCUAAAGAGACGAUCACCAUCGACAAGCAGAAGCUGUUGUGUGAAUCUAUUGGGGAACCACUUGACGCCGGCAUUUGGAGCGUAUCCUCAAUUCUGAAGGAAAGGCAGAUAAGUCAAAGCUGGAUGCGUUUCUCAUUUGAGAGGAAGACUGGCGUACUAAUGCAGGUGAAGACUUUCGAAGAGCACAAUUUGUCCUUUGAUUUGGAUGAGUUGAAUGUUCACACCGUCAGAGGCGAGCAGCUUUUGGAACGACUGGACCAACACAGCCCACUAAGGAAGGAAAUCUUACAGAAACUUGGCUCAAGAAUGCGACAGUUAAAAGUCGGCGUUGUUCACUCGGUUGCCAAGGACUUUCUCGGAGACCGGUUCAGUGAACAGCACCUGGCCCUCGCGGUGCCCCGUCUCUCCGUUUUCGAGGCCUGUCCUUUGCAGGGCAACGUUUUCCUAUCCGAAAAUGUGACCCUGACCGCGGCUAUUCUUAACCAACAGGUACAGGCCAUGCAAACCGCUCUGAGCCCAAACAUGUUUGCCCGUGUCAACUCAACUCUUGCGGCUCUCCAGUUGACCCAUUACUUUCGCUGUCUGCCUUUCACUACAGAAACAGGAGGCCUCCUAUCCUCGACCCUCGGUUUCGUUCCCGCCUCGCGCAAAGAACUUCACCGGCAGCUGGGCGGUUGGCAAGAGCACCUGGUAGACGUUUUCAUUAAUUGCGGCACUGAACUCUGCCUUGAAUUGUUGCGUCAGCGACUGGUCAAGGUCACAGAGCUAGCAAGCCUCGAGCGCCUGGGAAGUUCGGCCUCUAGCGAUAUGCACGAUGUACGUGUGUAUUUACUCCGCACAUUGUGGCCCUCCCUGUCACAUGUGGCGAACCCAUCAGCAAAAAUUUUCAACGAGUUUACCACAAUCUGCAUCAAUACCCUACCGGCCGCAGUGAAGGCUGUUGAAGUUGGUGACCUUGACACGGAGAACCCCUAUAACUGUCUGCUGGCACUUACCAGUAUGGCUUCCUCCCUUAGAACGCAUCCAGGGGCUGCUGCUGAUACCAAAGUAGAGACUGCAGUCAGGACAAAAAUAAUUGAGGUCGUUGAAAGUCUCUUGGAUUCUGAUGAAGACCCCAAAAUGAAGCCCGAUUUGACGCGACAGAAACUUGUAGCCGGCCUGACAGCGGCUGAACGCCUGGGCUCUCCUGACCUGACCCGACCCCUUCUUCGUAACAUUUUGAAUCCCAAGUUGCCUCAAAUUCUACGUUUCGUGGCCUUAAAAACCCUUUCUUCACUGAAGUUCAAACUGCCCACCGACCGUGCGGUUAUUGCAGAAAUUACCACUAGGAUGUUUGAACUGUUGUACUCAAAGGACUCAUUUGCCGUCACGGAACAAUUAGCAUUAAAGUUUGGUGCUUUCGUGACCCUACUCAACUUGGAGGCUCCGAGCCCUAGUCUUUCUGAGGUUUUGGCGGAAUUCGGUCGACGCAGGCAGUGGUCGCUGAUGGCAAGUGCCAGAUCUUUGGUAGACAGUUGGUGUCAGCAGGACUUGCUUUCCGGCGCAGCC